AUGGCGUGUUCACUUCCAUUCCGCGAGGGAUCAACUAUUUUUGUGACGGCAGAGACAAAAGUGCAAUGGGAUAUAUAUGGGAUCAGAAGUCUACUACUACUGAGUCUUGGAGCACAAACCAUUAUUACCUUCUUCGGCAAUCGUAGAAGGUGCCGCUUAAGAUAUCUGACCCGAUUUUUCCUUUGGUUGUCCUACUUGACGGCAAGUCCUGUGGUAACAUUGGCAUUGGGCAAGCUUUCAGGAAUGAAUUUUAAGGCUUUUGAUGUGAAAGGAAAUCAGCUAAAGCUUAACGAAGACUAUGAGGACCAUCUCUCCUACACUAUUUGGUUUGCACCAUUCCUUUUGCUACAAAUUGGUAGCCCCAAUUUAAUUUUCUUUUCGGUUGAGGAUAAUAAGUUAAAGUUUAGGCACCUUAUUGGGCUUAGCACCCAAGUAGCCAUAGCACUUUGGAUCUUUUAUAAACCAUUUAAAGAUGUGGGCAGUUUACCCACCAUAGCUGUGUAUGUAGCUGGAAUAAAUAGAGUUGCAGAGAGACUCCAAGCUCUCUGGUCAAUAAGUAAUAGUGAAAAUGUUGUGAUGGCUAGUUUUGCUAAUACUGAUAUUCAAGAAGAAGAAAACCCACUUGAGUUUAGUUCUUUUUCCAAUUAUUCUCGUGAUCUGUUUCUACUUGUGAAGGCUUAUCAACGCUUUGAUCGAUUAAAGCCUUAUCUUGAGAAUUGGUUAGGCCACCCUUCAUCAGUUUAUCUUUCUUCAAUGAGUGUAGAGGACUGUCCUCCGAAGGAUGUUUUUAGAAUCACAGAAUUUGAGCUUAGCUUUAUGUAUGACUUGCUCUACACCAAGGCCUCCAUUAGCUAUUCCAAAAAAAGUUUAUGGGGACGCAUCAUCAGCUUUCUUUUUCUAGCUUUUGCAGGUCCAGAUGACAUGAUUUUCUUAGUUUUUUUUCUGGGAGUAAGUGUACUUGAAAUUUAUGAGAUGAAGGAGCUUUUGUUCUCGGAUUGGGCAGUACUUCAUAUGAAGAAACAAAAGAGGAGCACAUUUAUCAGCAGAUUCUUAUCGAGAGUUGCUCCAAAGAUUCCAAGAAAGAAUCAUAGGUGGUCUCACUGCCUAGAUCAGUUCAACUUACUAAACUAUUGUCUCUACGAAGAUUCUACAAAGGUCAAGGGCUACUACAAGGAGUACAAGAAGUAUUGUGUCAAGAAAGAUAUUCCAGUCCCUGAAGAGUUGAAGAAACUGAUAUUGGAACAAAUUCUCGAGGUAAGAGCUCAAAGAGGUUGGCAAUCUUUCUCUAAAAGGGGGGAAGGGGCACUUGAAAGAUGCAACUGUCUCCAAGAUUUGGAAUGGAGUAUUCAAACAGAUUUUGAUACACCAGCUAAGAAGCAAACAAAUUUCGGCAAAGCCAUUAUUCUAUGGCACAUUGCCACAACAGUUUGCUACUAUGUAGAUGAUGGUCCAUCAGAAAGUACCUUAAAUCACCUGCAAUCUGAAAUGAGCAAAGUUUUAUCAGAUUAUAUGAUGUAUCUUUUGGGCAUGAUUCCUGAUAUGUUAUCUAUUGUUACUGGUGAAAUUCUCUUUAGUGGUGUUUGUGCUCAAGUUGAUGAAUUUUUGAAGACGAAACAAUCAAAGGAUGAAGUGACAUUGUGCGGGAAUUUGAUAGUUGAAACUUAUUUCCAAGGAGUUCCCAAUAACAAUGUGCUUACAUCAGAAUGGAAUGUAUUGCUUCAGGUGCAAAAAUUGAUAAGAAUAUUGCAAGAGAAAGAGGACAGAUGGAAUAUUAUAAGUAGUGUUUGGGUGGAAAUGUUGUGUUAUGCUUCAAAUAAUUGUCCUUGGACUCUCCAUGCAGAGCAACUUGGGCGAGAUGGAGAAUUGCUCACUCAUGUUUGGCUUCUGCUUGAGCAUGAGAAAGAUCAGUCCCAUGUUCGGUCUCUUGACUUGCAAUAUGUGGUUUAA